AUGGCCGCGAAGGGCGAUGGGCCGGCGAUCGGCAUCGACCUCGGCACGACGUACUCGUGCGUCGGCGUGUGGCAGCACGACAGAGUCGAAAUCAUUGCCAAUGACCAGGGCAACCGCACCACGCCGUCGUACGUCGCCUUCACCGACUCCGAGCGCCUCAUCGGUGACGCCGCCAAGAACCAGGUGGCCAUGAACCCCAUCAACACCGUCUUCGAUGCCAAGCGUCUCAUUGGCCGGAGAUUUACCGAUUCUACUGUCCAGAGUGAUAUUAAGCUGUGGCCCUUCAAGGUUGUUGCUGGACCUGGUGACAAGCCUAUGAUUAAUGUCCAGUACAAGGGUGAGGAGAAGCAGUUUGCAGCCGAGGAGAUAUCUUCUAUGGUUCUCAUCAAGAUGCGUGAGAUUGCUGAAGCUUUCCUUGGCAGCACUGUGAAGAAUGCUGUUGUCACUGUACCUGCAUACUUCAAUGACUCGCAGAGGCAGGCUACCAAGGAUGCUGGUGUCAUUGCUGGCAUCAAUGUCCUUCGUAUCAUCAACGAGCCAACAGCUGCUGCCAUUGCUUAUGGUCUUGACAAGAAGGCUUCCAGUGUUGGUGAGAAGAAUGUCCUCAUCUUUGAUCUUGGAGGUGGUACCUUUGAUGUCUCUCUUCUCACCAUUGAGGAGGGUAUCUUUGAGGUUAAAGCCACAGCUGGUGACACUCAUCUUGGUGGUGAGGACUUUGACAACAGGAUGGUCAACCACUUCGUCUUGGAGUUCAAGAGGAAGAACAAGAAGGACAUCAGUGGCAACCCGAGAGCUCUUCGGAGGCUGAGGACAUCCUGUGAGAGGGCAAAGAGGACUCUCUCCUCCACUGCGCAGACCACCAUUGAGAUUGACUCGCUGUUUGAGGGCAUUGACUUCUACUCCACCAUCACCCGGUGUCUCAGGGAUGCAAAGAUGGACAAGAGCACUGUACAUGAUGUUGUCCUUGUCGGUGGUUCCACCAGGAUUCCCAAAGUGCAGCAGCUUCUCCAGGACUUCUUCAACGGCAAGGAGCUGUGCAAGAGCAUCAACCCUGAUGAGGCUGUUGCCUACGGGGCUGCUGUCCAAGCUGCCAUCUUGAGCGGAGAGGGCAACGAGAAGGUCCAGGACCUGCUGUUAUUGGAUGUCACCCCUCUUUCUCUUGGUCUGGAGACAGCCGGGGGUGUGAUGACAGUCUUGAUCCCAAGGAACACCACCAUCCCCACCAAGAAGGAGCAGGUCUUCUCCACCUACUCGGACAACCAGCCCGGUGUGCUCAUCCAGGUGUAUGAGGGUGAGAGGACCAGGACCCGUGACAACAACCUUCUUGGCAAGUUUGAGCUGUCUGGCAUCCCUCCUGCUCCCAGGGGAGUUCCCCAGAUCACGGUCUGCUUUGACAUCGACGCCAAUGGUAUCCUGAACGUGUCUGCCGAGGACAAGACGACUGGGCAGAAGAACAAGAUCACCAUCACCAACGACAAGGGCAGGCUGAGCAAGGAGGAGAUCGAGAAGAUGGUCCAGGAGGCUGAGAAGUACAAGUCCGAGGACGAGGAACACAAGAAGAAGGUGGAGUCCAAGAACGCCCUGGAGAACUACUCAUACAACAUGCGCAACACGAUCAAGGACGAGAAGGUCGCCUCCAAGCUGCCGGCGGACGACAAGAAGAAGAUCGAGGAUGCCAUUGAUGCUGCCAUCCAGUGGCUGGACACGAACCAGCUUGCUGAGGCGGACGAGUUCGAGGACAAGAUGAAGGAGCUGGAGGCCCUGUGCAACCCCAUCAUCGCCAAGAUGUACCAGGGUGCUGGUGCUGACAUGGAGGGCGGCAUGGACGACGAUACCCCAGCUGCGUCCGGCGGCCCUGGCCCCAAGAUCGAGGAGGUUGACUAA